AUGGAAGGGUUUAGAACAAAUGGACACAUAAUGGCCGGUGAAAGUACAGAUGGUGAUACAAUACCUGGUGAUAACGCAUUGGGCGAUAAGAUGGACGGUGCCAGUGCAGCAGGACUUAGGAUGCCAGGAUUAAGGGAAAAUGGUGACAGGAUAAGCACAGCAAAUGCUACUGGUGACAAAAUCGCAGGACUGAUUAUACUUGGAGAUAGGAUCGUGGCGAGAAACGCACCUGGACUUAGUACAGCAAGACCAAGAACUGAUGGAGAAAAAAGUGUUAGUGAAAACGCUGAAGGUGAUAGGACGGAUGGUGCUCCACCUGGGUUAAGAAUAUUGGUAGUGAAAGCUGAGGGAGCAAAGGUGAUUGCGGGCCAUAGAACAUUAUCAGCUGCUUUGGAGUCAUCAUCGAAAAUCCGGUUGUAUUGA